CCUAUAGGGUUUUGGAUACACAGAAAUUGUCAUCUCCUCGAUAGUUGUUGACUAGCAAAUCUACAACCUGAUGGCAGGAGCUGGCAUCCACCCUUACCACCAGCAGUGGCCCCCAGCAGCCGCCGCCCCUCCCCCAGCAGCAGCAGCAGCCGCGGCCACCGCUCCUCCUCCUACCCACCCUUCCUCCAUCCUCGUCGACAACACCGAUGAGGUGCGUACGAUCUUCAUAACGGGGCUUCCCGAGGACGUGAAAGAGAGAGAGCUACAGAAUCUGCUGAGAUGGCUUCCGGGAUAUGAGGCUUCGCAAGUGAACUUCAAAGUCGAGAAGCCCAUGGGUUUCGCUCUCUUCUCUACUGCUCAGCUUGCCGUUGCCGCCAAAGAUGCCCUUCAGGACAUGGUUUUUGAUGCGGAGUCAAAGUCGGUGUUGCACACAGAAAUGGCGAAGAAAAACCUUUUUGUCAAAAGAGGAAUAAUAGCGGAUUCAAGUCCCUAUGAUCAAAGUAAACGCUUGCGCACUGGCGGUGACUAUACACACACUGGUUAUACAAGUCCAUCACCUUUCCAUCCUCCUCCAGCACAUGUUUGGGGACCACAUGGGUAUAUGGCUCCGCCUCCCCCUCCUCCUCCUCCAUAUGAUCCAUAUGCAGGCUACUCUGUUCCUCCAGUACCAAUGCCUGCUCCUGCUCCUGUGCCAGCACCUAGCAGUUAUGUACCCGUUCAGAAUGCAAAAGAUAACCCUCCUUGCAAUACGCUAUUCAUUGGCAAUUUGGGAGAGAAUAUAAAUGAGGACGAACUGAGGGGCAUUUUUAGCUCACAACAUGGUUUUAAGCAAAUGAAGAUCUUGCGACAGGAAAGGCACAUUGUUUGCUUUAUUGAGUUUGAAGAUGUAAAUAGUGCCACCAAUGUACACCAUAGUUUGCAGGGUGCUGUUAUCCCCAGUUCUGGUUCAGUUGGCAUGAGGAUACAAUAUUCAAAGAACCCAUUUGGGAAAAGGAAGGAUGCCAGCCACCAUGUUGCUGCCCCUGGCACUAAUGGAGCUCUACCAGCUUUGACUUACCAGUAGCUUGAUGGGGAUGUUCUCUGAUCUUUAUGCUCCGACAAAUACAACUACUACAUGAUAGGAUGCAUCUUGCAGCUAUUGCAUGCAUCCAUUUCAUCAUCAAGUCAUCAACAUUAGCAUAUCUCUUCAUGUGAAUGAACGCACGUAGUGGCAUCAUGAACAUACCAUUUGGCCAUGAUAUAACUUAUCCGAGACAUGCAUUUCUCAGCAGCAUGUUUAAAUGCCUGGAUUACGUAAUAGGGGCUCAGAUAUUGUUACCAGUUGUAGUAGUGGUGCAUUGAUCUGUGGUUUUGUGGGGUUUGUGUGCUGUUCCACCUCAUAUUGACUUUUCUGUACAUCAACUAUAGGAAAUGCAAAUAGACAUCUGGCUAUGUUAUCUAUUUCUGGUUUAGGUUCACUUAUUUUCAUUUAACCUGCCAUCAAAAGGUGACCUGAGAACCAUUUUAUGGCGCAUGACAUCUGGCUAUGUUAUCUAUUUCUGGUUUAGGUUCAUUUAUUUUCAUUUAACCUGCCAUCAAAAGGUGACCUGAGAACCAUUUUAUGGCUCAUGUGGGAUAUCUAGAAAAUUCACUCCACUAAUCAUGUUUCCCCUUUCAUCACCAUUAUUACCAUUGCCAUCACCACCACAUUUUUAGCCUUUUUCUUCAUAUUCAAAAAGUCCUUAGUUCAUUGAUUAAGUGAAGAUCUGCUUAUGAUGCUUAAACAUUCAAGCUACUCAAAGCAUAACACUAUUCAAAGAAUGUUGUGGAAUUAUGUGCUGUGAUUUAUAUACAGGAUUUGCUUACAAAAUGACAAAGCUUCCAAACAUUUGAGGAGGUCAAGUGUUGCGGCUGCUUUAAUUCAGGUAAUUUUACUUUCCUAGGCAGGACUACUGACAAACACGAUUGGUGGACAUUAAGUGGACAGCUGUUUAGCGUCAAACCUUUUUCUUUUUUGGAAGCUUUCUUAAUAUUAAUACCAGCACUGAGAUUCAUUGUUGGAAGGUAGCUUA